AUGGAGAAGGCAUUAGAGCGUUAUGGAGUUACUCACUGUUUGUCCACUGCGUACCAUCCACAAACAAACGUUCAAGUAGAGAAUGCAAAUUGGGGAGUGAAGAGAGUAUUAGAGAAAACGGUAGGCAAGAGUCCUAAGGAUUGGUCGGAUAAACUUGAUGAUGCUUUGUGGGCAUUUCGUACCGCCUACAAAACACCCUUAGGGACCACACCAUUCAUGAUAGUCUAUGGCAAAGCUUGCCAUCUCCCGGUUGAAUUAGAGCACCGAGCGCUUUGGGCUCUUAAAACCGUCAAUGUUGAUCUUACUCCCGCGGCUAGGAGGAGGUAUUUCCAAAUCCAUGAGUUAGAGGCCCUUAGAGAUGCGGCGUAUGAGCGUUCUUGGAAUAUCAAGGAGAAAACGAAAGCGGUUGCAUAA